AUGGACGACAACGAUGAGCUUGAGUCGUUCCGCCAACAGUGGCGCGAGGAGGUCACUCAUCGAUCAAAACCCAAGGCUACCCCUCCUGCACCUGCGUCCCCGACUCCAACUGCCCCGCCUCCGGCUCGUCUUCCUCCCACACGCCAUGAGGCUUCCCACCGCAAAGAGAUCGAGGAGGAGGGUCCCCCGCUGGCUUCCUUCGACCCAGAUGAGCUAGCCGUACAAGUCGGAGAGCUGAGCGUGAAACCAGCAGAAGAUGACUUCUCACGUCGAGAGGUAACAGAACCAACAUCUGCACUGGAACACUAUGAACGAGCGGUCGAGAAGGAGGCCGAAGGCAACUUGGGAGAUAGUCUUUCGCAUUACCGAAAGGCAUAUAGGCUAGAUUCAGCUGUCGAUAAGUCCUACCGGAAUAAGCACUACGCCCAUGUAUGGAAGAAGUCUAAUUUGCCCGCGUCCACUGUCCCUAUCGAUGCAACCCAGCAGCCCGCAGAGGUACCCAUCCUCCCGACACCUGAGCUCAUUGCCUCAUUUGCACACCUGCCAAUUUCACAGCUGGAGCCUAUCGUCGAAAAUACACCACCGCCUCCUUGCCCAAUUGCCAAUGUGCCAUCGGAAGUGCUGGUAGAGGUUCUGCGACAUGUGGCGAUGGAUGAUCCAUCGGCCUUUGGUCGAAUGGCACUGGUCUGCAAGCGCAUGGCCUACCAUUUCGCCCAUGAGCAGCAUAUCUGGAGACGAAUCUGUCAAGGCCGGCAAUUCGGCUUCCAGGGAAUGCAAUAUGACUUCGCAUGCGACCUGCGUGGGGAACCUAUCUACACGCUUGCGCCGCGAUACACUCCAUUCCCCAAGGGCGUGCCUGUAGACAUUCCCCCGCCGCUGUCUUCAUGGAGCCAAGUGUUCCAGACCCUUCCUCGGAUUCGUUUCACGGGGAUUUACAUUAGCACGGUCAACUACACUCGACCUGGUGUUGCAUCUGCUUACUCGAAUCUGUCCUGGAACAGUCCCAUCCAUAUCGUGACUUACUACCGCUAUUUGCGAUUCUACCCGGAUGGUUCGGUAAUCUCGCUGCUCACUUCCACGGAGCCAGUUGAUGUGGUCCCUCACAUCAGCAAAGAGAAUGUGAUUGCGGCGCGCGCUCCAGCGCACCGAAAGCAUCAACGGCAUCCCUCUGAUGCGGGUCAUACCCUCUCUGGAGCGACUGAUGCCGUACCACCUGUCGCCAUGAACACAUUGAGACAUGGCCUUCGGGGCCGAUGGCAUCUGGCCUCACCCAUUGACACUUCUGAAACUUCCGAAACCCCCGCCGAAGCAUGGAAGCCUGAUUCAAUGUCUGAUGAGAAAUCGCUCCUUUCCGACGAGCGGGAUCUCAUCAUUGAAACAGAGGGUGUAGAUCCCAAGUACGUUUAUACGAUGCAUCUAUCACUGCGUUCCACGACCGUACCGAAACCUGCUCUACUCGGACCGGCUCCUCCCAACCCAUCGAAGAACACCAAACUAGCCUGGAAGGGCUUCUGGAGUUACAACAGAUUGACAGACGACUGGGGCGAGUUCGGUCUUCGCAAUGACCGAGCAUUCGUGUUCCGGCGCGUACGCGGCUGGGGCCUGGACUGA